GCUGCCAUGACGAUAAAAGACCCAGACGGGAGUACGGCCAACGGUGUGAGACAUGGUGGGUCACAGCAGGGAGGGGCUCCGAACGCUCGACCAGCGCGACCUCAUCUGACCGGUAGGAAGUUGUCUCUGCAGGAAAGAGGCACUUACCUGUCACCAGGCUCAGGAGGAGGUUACAACCACAUCUCCCCACGUGUGGCUCGCAAGCCCACGGUGGAGUCAAAGCGUGUGUCAAUAUCAGACUCUCAGGACUGUAUCCAGUUGAACCAGUAUAAGCUGAAAAGUGAGAUUGGAAAGGGCUCCUACGGUGUGGUGAAACUGGCGUACAACGAGGACGAUGACAAACACUACGCCAUGAAGGUGGUUUCCAAGAAGAAGUUACUGAAGCAGUGUGGAUUUCCACGACGCCCGCCUCCGAGGGGCCCUAAGGCAGCUCUGGGAGAGCAGCCAAAAAUCUUAGGGCCUUUGGAGAGAGUGUACCAGGAGAUUGCCAUCCUGAAGAAACUGGACCAUGUUAAUAUUGUGAAGCUGGUGGAGGUGCUGGAUGAUCCAACAGAGGACAACCUGCACAUGGUGUUUGAACUCAUGCAGAAGGGUCCAGUGAUGGAAGUACCAACAGACAAGACUUUGUCAGAGGAGCAGUCCAGGUUGUACUUCAGAGACGUCAUACUCGGCAUCGAGUACUUGCACUACCAAAAGAUCGUCCACCGGGACAUCAAGCCCUCAAACUUGUUACUGGGUGAUGACGGCCAUGUGAAGAUCGCAGACUUUGGAGUCAGCAACCAGUUUGAGGGAAAUGAUGCUCUGCUGUCCAGCACAGCAGGGACCCCGGCCUUCAUGGCUCCAGAGACCCUGUCAGAUCAACGCAAGAGCUUCAGUGGAAAAGCUCUGGAUGUCUGGGCGAUGGGAGUAACUCUCUACUGCUUCGUCUUUGGGAAAUGCCCGUUUAUUGACGAGUACAUAUUGGCUUUGCACAACAAGAUAAGGACAAAGCCCGUGGAAUACCCUGAAGCACCGCAGGUUAGUGAAGAGCUGCGAACUCUGAUCUUGCGAAUGCUCGACAAGAACCCCGACACCAGGAUCACCCUCCCUGAGAUCAAGAUGGACCAGUGGGUGACUAAAGGAGGAGAAGACCCUCUCCCUCUGGAGGAGGAGCACUGUACUGUGGUGGAGGUGACAGAAGAGGACAUUCAGAACUCAGUCAAAUUUGUCCCCAGUCUCUCUGCAGUGGUAAGAAGACAUUUAUCCACAAAAUAUACUGUGAGAGACGGGUUCUGUUUGUUGCACUUCCAGAUAAAUAAUAUGGCCAUUCUCUGUCAACUGAAGUUUAACAUAGAAAAUAUUAACUUUGUGUCGAUAUUGUCCAAAUACUUAAUUCAACCGAUAUGUCUGACAUGAGAUUAAUUAAAUAAGCUGCAAUGCUGCCAUCUAGUGACCUUCACUUCAAUAUACAGUGGUUUAUCCCCAACACUAUUUUUAGGGCACAUAUCUUUUAGCGAAACCCAAUCAUUGCGUUAUCAGGUUUUCAUUAUCAGAGGAAAACCCAAUAAUGGUCUGGUGAAUAUGUUUUCUGCUCAUUCUGUGUCUGGUUAUAUUCUAGAUUUUGGUCAAAGCCAUGCUGAGGAAGCGCUCCUUCAGUAACCCAUUUGAAUGUCCAAGCAGGAGAGAGGAGCGCUCCAUGUCAGCACCGGGCAGCCUGCUGAUCUUUGAAUGGUUGAGGGAUCCAGGCUGACGGGGAAUAAUCCAGAUCCAUGAGAACCUCACACUGACCUUGGAGUCUGUGUUGGAUUGAACGUAUCCACCAUAUCCUUACAUGUAGUUUCAACAGUGACAGUCAAGGGCGGAUGGGGGCAUCUGUAGCUGCUGUUGUUUCACUGCAGCAGGGCCAAUAAUCCAUGGUUAGCAUCCAUGGAAAUUAUUUUCAGUUAAGUCCAAUGUGAAGCCGACUUCUUAUCUUUUACUGUUUUAGGAUUUCUUUUGUUCCAGUUGAUUUCAUCCCUGUGUCUGUCACAUCCCCACUGUUCCAUGUCAGCCAGUCACAGCUGAUUGAAUGAGAUGCCUAGUAUAGUAAAAGGGUUGUCGGUGCAAGAUAAAGCAAUACUGCCCUCUGCUGAACAUUUUACUGAAUAAAACAAUUUCGUGGUCAAACCAAGACAAGGAGUAACUGAUCUAAGAAACAAGUCCAUUAAGCGUCCAUACAAAGCUGUAUAACAAAGUGCAAUUGAAGAAUGAACAAAGGUCAUUCCCUUCCCAGGUGGCAAAGGUCACUUGUGUAUCACCACUCACUUAAACUAAACAGUUUAGAAUAUGUAGAUUUUCUUUCCCCCUGGACAAUGUAAAUAUAAACCGUUGACAAUCAAAGUGUUAAAAACUCCUGACAUAGAUUUGAACAUUUUUAGGUUUCGGUUUCAUCUUUGCAGUUGACCUUUACCCUCUGACCUUUGACUUUCCUGUCUUCUCUCUCUCUCACUGCUGCAGGGACUCCUGGCCACUCCGACCCUCUUUAAAACUUCACCCUUCUCUCAGAAAGAGCAGUACUGGAGAUGGACCCAGAGAAGGAGAACUGGAGGACCUGCGUGAGGACGAGUCCUCCUCAUGAGCUUUGUCCCCCCCCGUUUUUG